GUCUGAACAUCAGUAUAAAUACCAGCACUUCACAGCAGAAGAACAUCUCACUCAGCUGACAGUCUCUGAUCAUCUCUGCUGAGGUCUAGGCCUUUUGAACUUCAUCAUGACUACUCUUCCUGAAGCCAAUGCCAAAUUUGCUGUUGACGUUUACCAUUCAUUGAGGAAGGAGCACCCAUGUGAGAACCUCCUGUUUGCCCCUGUGAAUGCCACCUCAUCUCUUGGUCUGCUUGCCCUUGCAUCUGGAUGUGAACAGGCAGCUGAGAUUGAGAAGAUCCUGCACUGGGAUGAACUGGAAGAAUGUGAUGGAUCCAAACACAAAAGAUAUAUUUCAGCAGCCAGAAGCUUUGGAAGAUCAGCAAUCACACUCAAGUCACAACAGACACAACAAAGAAGUGAAUCCUGCCCCAAGGCAAGACCUCGUACUGAGCCAGAAUGCCAAAGACCAAGAGCCCGUCCUGAACCAGAAUGCCAAAGACCAAGAGCCCGCCCUGAACCAGAAUGCCAAAGACCAAGAGACCGUCCUGAGCCAGAAUGCGAAAGACCAAGAGCCCGUCCUGAGCCUGAGUGCUCUCCUUGCCCUGAAAGAAAUGUUCCAGAUUAUGAGUGUGAGACACCCGAAGGAGUCCAUACCGCAUUCAGCAAAAUCCUUGCAACCCUGAAUGCACCCAGCACCAACUAUACUCUGAAUUUUGCCAACAAGCUCUAUGGAGACCAUGUCAUUGACUUCAUUGAGAAAUUUAUUUACUGUGCUCUGAAACUGUAUUGGUCAGAAGUGGCUGAAGCUGAUCUGAAGAAUGCUCCCGAGGAAGUGAGGAGAAUCAUAAACCUUUGGGUUGAGGUCAAGACACAAGGUAAAAUCAAGUCUCUCCUCCCCAAGGGCAGCUUUGACUGUCUUGCUCAGCUCCUGAAAGUGAACGCUCUCUACUUCAAGGGAGAAUGGCAUGUGAAGUUUGACAAAACACUCACAGUAGAUGCCCCAUUCUACCCACACUGUGCAGAUGCGAAAACUUGCUAUUCUGUGCAGCUGAUGAACAGAAAGGGUAUUUUCAACACAGCUACCUUUAAUAUUUGCGACACCCAAGUGCAAGUGCUUGAGAUCCCCUAUAAAGACCAUGAAUGGAGCUUGUUCGUUUUGCUCCCACUUGACUGCACCCAAGAAGCCCUUGAACAGCUGGAAGAUGCCCUGACCCACGAGCAUCUGCUUGACUGGUCCUGCCACCUGAAGCCUGAGGAGGUAGAUGUUUUCAUUCCCAAGUUCAGCUUGGAGAAGAGUCUUUACCUCCAUGAAUACCUGGCACUGCAUGAUCUAGCUGAUCCUGAGAAAGCUGAUUUCUCUCGAGCUACAUGCACAGAAGGAGUUGCUCUUACUCUACUGGUCCAUGAUACAUUCCUUGAGAUUGAUGAGGAGGGUGGUGAAGAGGCAGCUGCUUCCCCGCGUUGCCCCCGGGAUAGGCGUCAGAAUCGGGAAGUCCUGGAGUUUGUGGCCAACCAUCCCUUCCUGUACUUUGUCCACCAUAAUUGUACCCAAAGCAUCCUUGCCCUUGGCAGAUUUGCAAAACCAGAAUAAAGGAACUCCUGCGAUCCAUGCAGGGAAACUAAUGGAACACAAAUACGUUUUUGACAAUGGCAGUCCUCUGGAUCUUCUUGCUCUUUCCUUCAUUCUCUAUAAUGCAAUUCAUUCAAGAGAUUGGAGGAAAGAGACUUUUUAUCUGGUGAUGGGCCUAAUUCUCACAUUGGGACAGGGCUUUGUGCCUUGUUUAAGUGGCAUUUCUUUCUCUGGCCAUUUAUAUCAGUUGCGCUUUUUAUAGAAUAGCCUUCCUCCUGACCUCGAGAAAUGGCCUCAGCUUUUUAGCAUGGCAGCUAUUUUUAAAAGUUUGCAGUUUGGAAAGUGGAGAGAACUUUUGUCUCUUAAAAAUCUUUAAAGAAACACAAUAUCCAAAGAUGUACUUUCUCCUUGGACUGUAACCUAGUUCUGGGAGACGUGCCUUAGGAUAGAUUUUUGUCUUAGGAUUGGUUUUUUAGUGAAACAGGAAAUGUGUUAUGAGAUCACAUUUCCUAUUUCACUAAAAGAUUCACUCUGAAAUCUUCUAACCUGAAUUGUACUGAAUUCCGAUUCCAAUUUGUGGUGCAAAAAGGCUUAGUCUUACUUUGUGGUGGGAUGCCCUACCUCUUGGACUGCCAACCUUCCCUAUCAUUGUCUAAAGUCAGCAUUAGAUGGUUAUUAAACUACUUGGAGUAAGCCUGAUUGAACUGAGUGGUAUUUUCUUUUGUGUAGGUGGAUAUGGAUUUGUGCUUUUAAACUGUAGACUUUAACUUGAAUUUUAACAGGGAAAACAUCAUGAGUGAAAAUCUUUCUGUGUAACAGGAAAAUGUUGUUUUUCUUUGAAAUAUGUGAACUUCAAUCUUUCUCUCUCUCCC